UGCUCACAGUAAAUAAUUUAUAUUUUAACCGUGGUAGAUGAAUUAGUACUCCAGUAAUAAAUAUUCCAUGAUUCGCGUACCAUAAAUAGAUAGAAUCCUUUCCACCUAAAAAAUAAGCCCAGUCCGUUUAGAUACCUCCUCACAUAAACACUACCAACUCGGUCUCAACAAAUUGAGUAUCCUUGAUUUCUCUCUUCACAAUUUCUCAAAUCUCUACUCAUCAAGAUCUCUCAUUUUCUCCCUAAACCUCUACAAAUCUGUGUUCCAGUCAAGGGUUCUCUAGGGUUUUAGUUAUAAACACCCCUUUCUUUAAGCAAAAUUCACAAAAUCAAAUGUUACUAGAACAAUGAUGAUGAACAAACCAAAGAAAAUCACGGAGUGUUGUAAUUGCACUUCCAUACAGAAAUGGGUUCUUCAUAACAUCCGUCACAGAGGUGAUAUUCGUAAAUUCUGUACUUCUUGUGUAUUAAAACUUCAUCCUGGUCUAUUUUGCCCUAAUUGUUUUGAAGUUUAUGAAACUUCAAAUCUUUCUUCUUCAAUUCCUAUUACUAGUACUAAUCGUGUUACGUGUUUGAAAUGUCCAUCUGUUGUUCAUCAUGAUUGUAUUAGUAAAGAUAUUGUCAAUCGUUAUGUUUGUCCUACUUGCUUAAACCCUAAAUUCGACUUUGUCGAUUUGGGGAAACCAUUGAGUGAUUCUAUUCCUAGUAGUCGUGUGAUUGAUUUGAAUAAAGCAAAAGUGUUUCUUGCUGCGGCUACGAUAUCCUCUGUGUCUAUGGAAAGGGCGGCUUUAACUCUUAGAGUGGAAGCUGAAAAGAGAGUUAAGGAAGCUGCUAUAGCUAGAAAGAUUGCAAAAGAUGUGCUGGAGAAUGUUAAUGUUGUUGCCAUGGAAGAAAAGGAAAAGAAAGAUAUGAACAUGGAAGUUGGUGGUUCGAGUUCUGUUGUGGUUGCAGUGGAGGAAGAGAAGAAGGAAAAGAAACCGAAAGGAAGUAGAUAUGCUGUUGAGAAAUCGAAAGGAAAUAGUGCUGUUGCUGCUGCUGUUGCAGCCCAAAAACGGUUUCAAAGUCAAGUUUCUCUGGCUUUAAAUGAUGGGAAAGGGAAAGAUAAAUCUCGUGAUGGUUUUGGGUCGAGAGAAAAGGAGACGCUGAUACAGUUCUAUUCUCCUCCACCUCCAGUUCAAAAGCCGCUGUCAAAUGGUGUUUUGGGGAAUCAACAAGCUCAGAUCUCAGGUGCAACUCUGCUGGGGAAGGAGAAAAACGGGCUAAUUUCAUUGGCUCAUGGUGUUAAACAAACCCAAGGAAAUUCGAGUGAAGGUGAGAAAGUGGAUAUGUUCCAAAAUUUGAUGAAGGAGUUCAACAUCUCAACAGGUCUUCAAAAAAAGCAAGCUAAUGGUUUGUAAGUUACCAGCUUCCAUUUGCAUGGCGCCAUAUAUGCAGUUCAAAGAGCUUAUUCUAUCUUUAAUAUUUCUGAAUUCAAGACCAAGCUGUUGCAAUGGAUGUAUGGAAGUGGUGGUGGCGGCAUAGAUUUACUGCAUCAAAGGUCGAGUACGGGUGGGGAUGUUUAAACUAGAUGCUUGAAUACCUAAGUUGAUAACUUGUUUGGUAGAUGUGAGUCCUGAAUCUAACCAAAUCCCGGAGUUACUACUGUGUUUGAGGAAUCUUUUCUACAAACAAAACCUGCCAGUUAGGUAGUGCACUUGGCUUUUAGCAUAUUAACCACGGUUCCAGAUUCAUUGACCGUGAUGCAUGUAUCCAUGAUUCUGGUAAAUAUAACAGGUUAGAAUUGUAAUGAACAUUAAGAAUCAAAUCAUUUGCUCAGCAUUUCAACUUCUUGAUGUCA